GGCCGGGGGAGGGGGGCGAUCCAAAACCGGGCACUGGCACCUGGUGUCCGUCACUGCCGCUCCCGAGGGCCCAGGACGCAGGACGCCGUGCCCGGCCCAGGCCCACCUCUCACACCUCGAAGCCCCCGAUCUCCUCCCACCCUCUUUCGUUCGAUUAACCCCUCGGGCCCCACACCGGGUGCUCCCGCCAUGGGGUCAGAACUGGAGCAGGCCAUGGAAUCCCUCAUCAACGUCUUCCACACCCACUCGGGCAAAGAAGGAGACAAGUACAAGCUCAGCAAGAAGGAGCUGAAGGAGCUGCUGCAGGCUGAACUAGCCGGCUUCCUGGACGCUCAGAAGGACGCCGAGGCGGUGGACAAGAUUCUGAAGGAUCUGGACGAGAACGGGGAUGGCGAAGUGGAUUUCCAGGAGUACGUGGUGCUGGUGGCCGCUCUCACCGUGGCCUGCAACACCUUUUUCUGGGAGAACAGCUGAAAACGGGGGGCCAUCCGGGAGCUCGCCCCCACCUGCCACCCCUCAAGGGGGGAGGGCCGGGAGCCCAGCCCUGUAGACCCCUCCCCAGCUUGCCCCCCACUCCUUGGGCCCGGAGCGAUGUCCCGACCUUGAUACGUGUGAGCCUUCAUUAAAGGACCAGACCCCCAUGA